AUGGCGAAUGAGGCUCGGAAGCUGAAUCACCAAGAAGUGGUGGAAGAGGAUAAAAGACUGAAAUUGCCACCAAACUGGGAAGCCAAAAAAGCUCGGCUGGAGUGGGAGCUGAAGGUGGAGGAGAAAAAGAAGGAAUGUGCAGCCAGAGGAGAAGACUACGAGCGGGUCAAGCUGCUGGAGAUCAGUGCUGAGGAGGCAGACAGAUGGGAAAGGAAAAAGAAGAGGAAAAAUCCAGACCUCGGGUUCUCAGAUUACGCAGCCGCGCAGCUGCGCCAGUACCAGAGGCUGACCCGGCAGAUCAAACCUGACCUGGAGGAGUAUGAGAAGCUCAAGGAGCAGUAUGGUGAGGCCCUUUAUCCCACAUCUGACAGUCUUCUCCAUGGAACUCAUGUGCCCUCUAAGGAAGGAAUUGACAGAAUGGUGGCAGAUCUUGAGAAGCAGAUCGAGAAGCGUGAGAAGUACAGCCGCAGGCGCCCGUACAACGACGACGCCGACAUCGACUACAUCAACGAGCGCAACGCCAAGUUCAACAAGAAGGCAGAGAGGUUCUACGGGAAGUACACGGCCGAGAUCAAGCAGAACCUGGAGAGAGGCACAGCUGUCUGA